AUGCGUGGUAUUAUAGAGUUGAAAAUUGCGACACGUUUCGGUGAAGCGAAGAUUCGAAUCGUCACAAGGAUUGGAGGUUGGGAUAACGGUUGGAGCUUGGACCAACAAACACUUUCGGCGCCGGGCUUCUUUGAACACCGGAACCGAUCCGGAUGGUCCGGGUGCAGGAGAUUGGGAUUUCCGGGCAAGGAGGCGUUUUUUUAUGACAGUUGUCCUGCAAAUACUCACGGCGUCUGGGCUGCAGCCACGCUAUUGAAGUCCAUCCCAUUACGCAAGGCACAUAAGGCGGACUGCUACGAUGUGCUCCGGGCAAACCAUCUUCCCGCCCUCGGGCCCAUUGUUGCACGAGACAGCUGCCUCUGGGAAAGAUUCAAGGUGUUCUUUGAGAUCCAGCUCGCCUCUGGCAGAGUAGAUGAGGGUACCCACCCACGCCAACUUGGCAAGGCAGCCCAGUUGGAUCAAGCUGCAGCUGCCUACAAUGCUUUCAUUAGUCUUCGUGCUCAUCCUACCCUGCCGCUUGUGUUUAUCCAAGUACCGCCUACGCGACUCGGUUCAAGCCUACGGUCGGGCGCCUUCUUUGGCCUUGCCACCCGCUACGCUACCCAUCACCAACCGUUGCUGCCUGUUCUCAUCCCGCUCUUUUUUUGCUCAUCGUCGUCGCCCCCCAACCAUCUCUCCCUAAACCACCAGCCAGACGUUUCGGCAAAACAACACCAACCAAACGCGACGCGAACUCCUUACGGCAACUGCGACCGUCGCAUCCUUGGUUUCACCUGCCUCGCCUUUGGGCACAACCCGAGUCAUUCGCACCAAUCCGCCGGCUUUCGCCCGCCCACUAUAUUCUUCCCACUGGGGUUGCAGUACUUGGCCUCAGCUUUUGGCGACGUACACCUUGCAUCUCCGCGAUCUCAUCGCACCCACUUUGGUUACGUCAGCUCCGGCUGCGGAUCGGCCCAUCUCCAUCACCUCUGGUCUCAUAUCCUCGUUUCUUGGCUGGUGGUCGUGAACAUUGAUCGCGAGGCUCUCACAGGCCGUUCAACACCUCCCCACCUCCCCCCCUCAUUGUCGCAUCCCCCUUUGCCUUCGGAGCAUAGCAUGCUUACCUCCUUUCGCUUCUGGGGCGCUGAACGGGGAAGCGACAAGUUUGGCGUGGACGCCCAACCCAUGUCGGUCACCGACUCGAUCCAGCUGUCGGAUGGCAGCCGUCCUGCUUUCACUCCUCCGUCAUCUAGUCCGGUGAGGUCACAAAAAAGGUGUCGACGGAAAGUCCACGAGUCGCAUCCCGAUGCGAAGUUGGAUGAAUCGCCCGCCGCGAAACGCGCUCGAGUCGAUGCGCUCAGCGCCAGGAAGAUGUCCGUACCUUACUCCUGUCCUGAUGCCUCCUCGACGGGGCUGCCUCACGGAACCAUAGAUACGGAAAAGGCGCGUGACACGAUUCGAUAUCAGUUCGGGCUCGAAAUUCUGCUCAAGCACAAUGAGUUGAGACUUAUCAACCAGGAACUAGCCAAGUGCCAGGUUGCCCUUGAGCAGCUGCGCCGCUGCCAUCUCAUCCCGUAUCCUACCGCCUGCCCUACUCCCGAUCAGAUGCUCGAGAUUGCGAGUGGGAAAGGCCCGGCGCUACGGAAUCCCCCUGAUGAGUUGGUGCCCCAAUGGGCGCCUCCCUUCGGCGUUGUUGACGGGCCCUACGCUCGUCAUUAUGCCAAGUGGCUUAUUCCCGACCCCAAAUUUGAUGGAAUGCAAUGCCAGUGGCCCCCAUUGUCGGAAACAGUGACUGGUCGUACCAGGACUUCGACCGAGGGGCGCAUGACGAGGAACAGCACUGUCGACACCGGCGGCAGCAGCAACAGGACACGGCCCCCGAGGGGUAUGUCUAGUCAGAAGCUGCAGUCUCUAUCCAGUGGCUAUGCGCAACCGAAAGAGAAGGCCGGUCCUUGUGUCCUGAAACGUACGGACGGUCAGACGGUGAAGCUCGUCUGCCUAGAUUGCCAUCGGGAGAACUUCUCUAGCACCCAAGGCUUCAUCAACCAUUGUCGCAUAGCACACCGCCGUGAUUUCAAGAGCCAUGAAGAGGCUGCUGUGCAUUGUGGCCAUGUCAUCCAGGUCGACGGGAGCGGUGGCGUGGUUGCCGAGGAGAGAGAAACGACGAGCGCUGCUUCAAACACACAGCCGUCAGGCCUCGUGCAUCCGUUCGCCCAGCCGCAACUCACGGAUCAGCAGGCUUAUCUGGCUUUGCUGUCGAGGAUCGAUGCCUCGCUUGAACUGUACCAUCAGGGCAAGUUGCCGGGAGUCGCAGACAUCCCCACAGCUGCCAGCGAGGAGGCCAACCAGACUGAAAGCAAAUUCGUCUCGGCAUCCCAAACUCCCCAUCUCUCUCGACUGAUGGGGAAGAGAAAAUUCCAGGGCAAUCUCGCUGAUCUUGUCAGUGAAACCAAGCAGAAGAUAUCUCUGGAUGAUAUGUCACCCCCCGGGGAUGAGUGCGAAGAGACAGACAACGCGGCAGCAAGCGUCGACAGUUCUGCCGUGACGACGCCUGCCACCACCCGAGCGCCUGUCACGAUUCGGGUACCUGCGCGCACAGCGUUGUCAUCGGCCACUCAGAGUGGUUCUACAAGACCGGCAAGCAGCAAGGGUAGGUCGCAACGCACCGGCUUUGCGUCUCCGCCCAUCAGUCUUGCCGACAACGAAGGCGACUCCGGGACCAUAGUCCUCUCGGACGAUGAUAUAGAUGUAGACAUGGACGCCAAUUUGAGCCCGAAUACCUUGGUCAGCAACAACGCCCCUUCGCUCGUUAGCGACGACGGAGAGUACGACGAGUCGGAUGACGCAUCGUCGGUGACAAGUGACAGUGACGGCCUGGAGGCUGAGUCUGUGUCAGACGUUGCCGAGAUCAACAUUGAGGAAGACCACGAGCCUCCUCGCUCCCUACGUCACCACCGGACCACGGGCGGCGUCGGUUCUGGAACGGCGAUGCGGCUGAAGAAGGAGGAGACCAAGCACGUCACCUUGGUCAACCCGUGCGCACUGGCCUUUUGGAGGAGCCGACUCGCUCAGCGACACAUCCCAUCAUCCGAUGAGGUCACGAACCUCGACUUCGUCACCACGCCUUGGAUUCUCUGUUCUCCUUCGGCGACGGGCUGGUCCGAAGAAACGUGCUCCGUCGAGAGGAGUGCACCGGUCAUUCUGGUCCAUUUAUUUGGGAGAUCACAUGGCACGAUUGACUAUGGACGCUGUUUGGCAUUUGACUCAGAUUGAGAAGUUGGGGCUUCCGUUCAAAGGUGGAACAAACGAUUUGAAAGAUGGAAACGGCGCUUGUAUAGUUACAUCAUCUUUUACGCGUGGAAAGUAGAGCACCAAAAUCCCAAGACCACGAUCCAAAC